AUGUCACUCAGAAGAUCAGUCCGAAUAGGGUCUAUCCCAUCACAGAUACCACAGACCUCGAGUAACGCCAGGGUGCACCACAGCGCAGUGACCAAACCACGCAGAGCGAUAAAGCCCAAGAAAACAGCUAAACCAAAGACAUCAUACUGGUCACCGGAGCCAGAGGCAACAGAGCCAAAGCUCUCCACUAACCCUCAGCUCAGACCAUCUACACCUCCUCCUCUCGACCGCCCAGUGGAUCCACACCGGACAAAUGCAACUCUCCUCACCCCUCACGGAUCAACAGUGAACGCCUACCCAGCCCACGCAGAAGAUGCCUCACCCACCAAGACCGGUCUCCCGCGACCCCUCGCCACGACAGGAACACUCCUAGAGCAAGCCACGGCGCACCUGAUCGCAACAGAUCCACGCUUGGCGACAGUAAUAUCACAGCACCCAUGUCCACUCUUUUCGCCCGCGGGAUUGGCAGAGGAAAUCGAUCCCUUCAACAGUCUGACGAGCAGCAUUAUCGGACAACAAGUCUCUGGCGCAGCAGCCAAGUCGAUUCGAAAUAAAUUCCUUGCAUUGUUCGAUUUGCCCGAGACUAUUGCCCCGGACGGACAUCGACAUGACAAGUUCCCGACCCCAGACCGAGUGGCCAAGUGUGACAUUCCAACACUGCGCUCGGCGGGUCUAUCGCAGCGUAAAGCGGAGUACAUACAAGGUCUGGCGGAGAAGUUUGAGAAUGGAGAACUUGGGGCGAGGAUGUUGGCCAGAGCGACUGAUGAAGAGCUUCUUGAAAAGUUGAUUGCUGUGAGGGGCUUGGGGAAGUGGUCUGUUGAGAUGUUCGCUGUGUUUGCACUCAAGCGCAUUGACGUCUUUUCCACUGGUGAUCUGGGUGUACAAAGAGGUUGUGCGUCCUUUAUGGGUCGAGAUGUGAGCAAACUCAAGGGCAAAGGAGGUGGUAAGUUCAAAUACAUGGCUGAAAAGGAUAUGCUGGAGCUGGCUGCAAAGUUUUCACCGUAUAGGAGUCUGUUCAUGUGGUAUAUGUGGCGAAUUGAGAACGUCGAUGUGGCAGUUCUUGGAUGA